GGCGGGCGCUUCACCAGCUGUGCCCCCCACGCGCCCCUGUGCCCCCCACUUCAGAUUCCAGCCAGAGCUGCGGGUCCUCGAGCUCCGCACAACUUCCGUCCGCCUGGGCCACCAGUCAGAGGCUCCCACAGCCCCCUCCUCGGGUUCGGCUGAUUUGCCAGCGUGGCUCACAGAACUCAGACACUUGUGCUAAAGGAGACCAGAGAGGAUCCAGGCUUCUUGCGUCCAGUACCGCUUGGUGGUCCGCGACGUGCACACCCUCCAGGUCCUUCACCUGUACACGUGCCUGGACCAGAUCCAGCACAUCGAGUGGUCGGCGGACUCCCUCUUCAUCCUGUGCGCCAUGUACAAGCGGGGGCAGGUUCAGGUGUGGUCCCUGGAGCAGCCGCAGUGGCACUGCACGAUCGACGAGGGCUCGGCCGGGCUGGUGGCCUCCUGCUGGAGCCCCGACGGCCGCCACAUCCUCAACACGACCGAGUUCCACCUGCGGAUAACUGUCUGGUCCUUGUGCACAAAGUCUGUGUCUUACAUCAAAUACCCCAAAGCCUGUCAGCAGGGGGUCUCCUUUACCCGGGACGGCCGCUACAUGGCGCUGGCGGAGCGGCGCGACUGCCAGGACCACGUGAGCGUCUUCGUCUGCAGCGACUGGCAGCUCCUGCGGCACUUUGACACAGAGACCCAGGACCUCGCAGGGAUCGAGUGGGCCCCAAACGGCUGUGUGCUGGCAGUGUGGGACACCUGCCUGGAGUACAAGGUCCUGCUCUACUCCUUGGACGGCCGGCUCUUGUCCGCGUACUGUGCCUACGAGUGGUCCCUGGGCGUCAAGUCUGUGGCCUGGAGCCCCAGCAGUCAGUUCCUGGCCAUCGGAAGCUAUGACGGGAAGGUGCGCAUCCUUAAUCACGUGACUUGGAAAAUGAUCACAGAGUUCGGGCACCCAGCCACCAUUAACAAUCCCAGAAUAGUCGUGUACAAGGAAGCCGAGAAGACUCCGCGGCUGGCGCCGGGCCGCCUGGCCUUCCCCCCGCCCAGAGCAGCGGCCGGCGUGGCCUCCCCCGCGGAGACCAAGUAUGAGAUCGCCUCCGUGCCAGUCUCCUUACAGACCCUGAAGCCUGUUGCCGACAGAGCGAACCCGAAAAUCGGCAUCGGAGCGCUGGCCUUCAGCCCGGACAGCUACUUCCUGGCGACGAGAAGCGACAGUGUCCCGAACGCCGUCUGGAUCUGGGACAUUCAGAAGCUGAGGCUCUUCGUGGUGCUGGAGCAGCUGUCCCCCGUGCGCUCCUUCCAGUGGGACCCGCAGCAGCCCCGGCUGGCCAUCUGCACGGGAGGCAGCAAGGUGUACCUGUGGUCGCCAGCAGGCUGCGUGUCCGUGCAGGUGCCUGGGGAAGGUGACUUUCAGGUGCUUUCUCUGUGCUGGCAUUUAAACGGGGACUCACUGGCCCUCCUCAGUAAGGACCACUUCUGCCUGUGUUUCCUGGAAACUGAGGACAGGGGUGGCACGGCCUUUGGACGGCCAGGUGACCACACGUAGGACCUGCGAGUGCCCAGGCCCGGCCGAGAUGAGAGAACACCGCGGCACGUGGCAGCUACGGGGAAGGUGCGGGGCUUCUGGGGGGCGGGGGGUGUUCCCCAACAGUGGCCCAGAUGAAAUGACCGGCUUUUAUUUUUAUAUAGCAUUCCUGUAAAUAUGUAUGGUAUGAAACUAAUUUUUAUUUAAAAUAAACAUUUGCUAACUCA